ACAGCACUGCGCCAGCUCUUGCAGAGUUAACAUCAGAAAGAAAAUUCUCUCCGGAGACGCUUGCAUGGGCACAAAUAUGAGAUCUUUCUAUUUAUUCCUCCUGUCAGCGUUCUGUUCAGCCCAAAAGAUACCAAGACUGAAGUUUACCCUUAAAGACUCUCCUGUGCUGAGCUUCGAGAAUGGGGAGAAGGCCACAGUCCUCUUCCAUGAUGCCGGAUCUGAGCAGCUGUACGUUGGGGGCAGGGGAGCACUGCGCAUCUUGACAUAUAAGGAGUCGGAGGUCAACCAGACCCAGGUUCCCCUGCAGGCCGACGAGAAGGUGGAGAAGAACUGCAGGAGCAAGCCUGGGGCGGUGCAGGCCGAGUGUGACAACUUCAUCCGGGUGAUUCAGAGGCUGAACAGCAGCUCCAUCAUCGUCUGCGGCACCAACGCGGGGUCCCCCAAAUGCUGGUUCCUGACCAAUGACAGAACGCUGCAGCAGGACAAACGGGGCCAAGCCCUUGCCAUCAGCGGGGAGAGCCUCGCCCCGGCCUCACCGUCUCAGCCUGCUGCAGCCAUCGCCGUGGAGGGCAGCCUGUACUCGGCAUUGUCCCGGGACAGAAGCACCAUCCAGAGAAGCUAUGGCCCAAAGAAGCUGCUGAGGACAGAAGACAAAUGGCUCGUCAAGGCAGAGUUCGUCACUGCUGCCUUGGUGCCGGAAAAGGAGUCCCACCUGGAUGAAAUCUACUUCUUCUACAACGAAGUCAACAAGACAGCGGGGCUGGAUGAAGAGCCGGUCAAAGCCCGGCUGGGCCGCGUGUGUAAGGUGGAUGAAGGUGGGAAGAGCCUCCUGGUCGAUUUCUGGACCACGUUCCUCCAGGCCAGGCUGGUGUGCGGCGGCCCCACCCAUCCCCAGCGCUUCAACCAGCUGCGCGACGCCGUGGUCCUGGGCGAGGGGAAGAGGGGCCAAGGGAUGCUGUACGGGAUCUUCGCCAGUGCCUGGGGCACGACCGCCGUGUGUGCCUACUCCAUGGACAAGGUGACCCAUGCCUUCAAAACCUCCAAGCUCAAGGGCUACACCAGCGUCCUGCCAGCGCACCGACCUGGCACGUGUGUCCCCUACAAUUCCCCCAGCGCCCCCUCCAAAGCCGUCCUCAGCAUCGUCAAAGAUUACCCCGAGAUCGAGACCGUCAUCUACCCCGAGGGGCAGCGCCCCCUGUACAUGCUGCAGACUAAUGACACCUACACCAAGGUGGUGGCUGACAGGGUCCUGGACGCCAGCAACAAUUCUCGCACUGUCCUCUACCUUGGGACGGAUAAAGGGAAGAUCCACAAAGUCCUGCAGAGUGGAGGGCAGACGGUCAUCAUCGCCGAGCUGAGCCCUUUCCAGAGAGACGCGCCCAUCUCAGGGAUGGCCCUGGAUGCCUCCACAGGGCACCUCUAUGUAACCACUGAGUUCGAGGUGACGCGCCUGCCACUGGCAGACUGCGGGCAGUACAGGGAGACCUGCUGGAAGUGUGUCCUCGCCAAGGACCCGUACUGCGGAUGGGAUCCAGACAGCAAAAAAUGCUCGGCCAUCUCCCGAGAGGCAAAUGACACGGCCAGCAACUUCCUGCAGAGCCUGGACCCAGAGGCCGAGGACGUGUGUGAAGGUGCAGCAGAACAAGUAGCGCAGGAAGCCCUGAAAAAGGUGAGUGUGGACCCGACCAGCUACAUCUACCUCCCGUGUCCUCUGCGCUCCCACCACGCCAUCUACACCUGGGUCAAAGACGGCAGCAAGCAGUACCCCUGUGCCAUGGACGGGCACUCCUGCACACUGCGCUUUGGGGAGAACGCCCCCAUGGACCAGGGGCUGUUCAAAUGCACAGCCACGGAGGACGGCUACCUAGAGGAGAUUACUGCCUAUAAACUCACGCUCAACACUGCCUGCAUCCCACAGCUCUCCGUGACAGUGGCCGCUGGUGUUUUAUUCCUUGUCAUCACGAUCCUCUUGCUCUAGACUCUGCCAUCCAAGCGGAGAUCUCAUUACACUGCCAACGACCUCUCUUUCUUUUUCUUCUUGUAACCCUCCCUCCCGAAGAUUCUCCCUUUAAACCCCAAACAGAACAUGCGACGCUCUAGGAACAAAAUUCCAGGGGAGUCCUCCUAACGCUCCAAUUUGGGCGUCCCAUCAGCAAACACAGCCGUUACGGUGGGGGUUUUGCUAGCCAUCGAUAACCCAGGAGCCUCCUUCCCAAAAUGUAAGGCACGACUAAACUUGGCAGAGCCGGGGAGAGGGAUAGUUAAAGUAGAGGCAAGGAGGGUAAAUGGACUAUUUAUUUUGCUGCUCAGUGGGCCAGUAGGCCUGCUGCCAUGCUGAUCCCAGUUUAGCAUCCAGCUUGUCUGAUGGGCACUGGUCCAGACUGGGAGUUUGCUUGUUCCAAGGCUGCUGGGCGAUAGGAGUUUGCUGGUUUCCAUGAUGUGGCUUUCUAAUGCUUCUUUAAGGACCAAUCCUUCCCAGGUGCUGCUGGGGGAAAGACGAUGCAUGGGUGGAUCUCUUCCAACUGCAGCUGCUAGGUGCUAAAGCCUUUUAGCAUCCAUGUUGUUUAAAGGGAAAACUCCCAAGUCUGACCCGUUCGGAGUCAUGAUCCAGUCUGUUCUCUCUGCGGUCUCUUGUGCACAGUUACCCUGAUUACCAGCCUGGCCUGUGUUUUCAAAGGAAGGGAGAGUGAUCAUCCAGACGCUCACACUCUGAGCUUUCACUGGGGUAAAUGCAGAGUCACUGCGUUGACUUGGCGCUUCCAGCUCCGCCUUCAAGCAAUCGUCUUCAGCUACCGUCUUGCAGCGGUUUCAAUCGGCGCCAUGCAGAGGCUGCUGCACAACAAACUGGUGGCCGUGGGCGGGAUCUAAGGUUUGAUUCGGCACGACUGGCUCAAAUCCACCACUCUAAGCAACUGCGCUGAAAAGGGACAGAUGGAGAAGGGCUUCCAGCUAGAGGGGAUUUCAGAUCGAAAAGGAAAAGGGAGGGAGGGAAAGUUAGCGGCUGAGCUCAGUCAGACCUGUGUAAAUCUGGAUGGCACUCACAGGAAGACGUGCGGGAGCUGAGUGGUGUAGAUGCUGUCCUACCAGCUUGAAGGUUGUGGGAUGAGUCUUGCUUGAUCCCGUGCUAGGAUGAUCUCACCACUGCGAAAUGGGUACCUGCUCCAUCACAUUAGGGCAGCCAGGGUCCACAUCAAUCCCUUGUGUCCCGUUGGCUGUGAAAGUGAUGUGCCUUAACUGUGUCAGCCCAAUGAGCCAUUGGCUUGGGGAAGCUUUGCCUUUCCCUCCUGGGAAUGACUCCUGUCUGACACGGCUGUCAUGGAGAUCAGAAUCUGGCCCAGAGACCAGGAGAGAGUGAUUCGAAACUGGCUUUCAAUCUUGCACCAUUGCUCGUUUCCCACAGAUCAGCCAAACCAGUGCUUGUGUGCAAUGGGACGGAAAGAGUUAAUCAUGUCACCUUUCUCCGCCUUCUGUGUCCAGAGGAUACUGACCAAGCCAGUGCCCUGGACGUUAAACUGCAUUGGCUAAAUUUGCAAGCAAACCUAAAAAAGCAAAGAACAUAAGAAUGGCCCUACUGGGUCAGACCAUCUAGCCUAGUAUCCUGUCUUCCGACAGU